AGACCAUUGGGUUGGUGGUCUGCACCUCACUAACCACUCUCCUCCUGUGAGACAGUACUAAAUGAUAUCAGAUACACACUAAUGCAUGGAAAACUUGGCACAGAGGAUCAUUUAUGGAUGUGGACAUUUGGAGAUGAAUAAUAAUAUCUCAACUGUGGAAGAACACUGAGGGGACAUCAAAAAUCACACCUUGCUUUACAUCAAGCUUUUGUGCAGCAGGUUGAAAUGGAUCCUCUUCUGGAACAAGUUUUGGCGGGCUUUAACGCAACCCUCGGAGCUAUGAAUCGGACAGACCCCCUGGAUAAAUUUUCAGGAACCCAGCUGCUUUUGCGCUUCAAACCUCUGUUUAUUCCACUCUAUGCCUUGGUUGUUGUUGUUGCUGGUGUAGGGAACAGUUUCCUUCUUGCCUGCAUUCUGGCAGACAAGAAGCUCCACAAUGCCACCAAUUUCUUCAUUGGCAACCUGGCAGCUGGGGACUUGCUGAUGUGCCUGAGCUGUGUGCCGUUGACAGCUUCGUAUGCUUUUGAUGCACGUGGCUGGGCAUUUGGGCGUCCAAUGUGCCACCUUAUUCCUCUGUUGCAAGGUGCAACGGUCUUCGCCUCCGUAUUAUCCCUCACUGCCAUCGCCAUGGACCGUUACGUGGUGGUGGCAUAUCCAGUGCGGAAGCGUAUCUCAGUGUGGGGCUGUGGCGCAGUGGCAUUGGGUGUCUGGGCAGUUUCGUUGGCCCUGGCUGCUCCCCCUUCCCUCCACAUGCGCUACGUGGACCUGCGACCCAGUGGCAUGGAGCUGGUAGUGUGUGAGGAAUUCUGGCUGGAAGCCGAACGACAGCGCCUGCUCUACUCCUGCUUCUUCUUGCUGGCGUCCUACAUGAUCCCCCUGCUGUCUGUAAGCAUCUCUUACUGUGCCAUCAGCGUGCACCUCCGCAAACACACGUUGCCUGGAGAGCCGUCCCAUAGCCAGCAGCGAUGGAGCAAGCAGCGGCACAAGACUUUCUCCCUUCUGGUGGCCUCCGUCCUUGCCUUUGCCCUCUGUUGGCUCCCACUCCAAGUCCUCAAUCUCCUUCUGGAUCUAGACUCAGACUUCCAGAUCGUGAACAAGCACUACGUCAACGUGCUGCAGGUCAGUUGCCACCUGAUAGCCAUGAGCUCAGCCUGCUACAACCCCUUCAUCUAUGCCUCGCUGCACAGCAAGGUCCGCAUGCACCUGCGGGGUUACCUGUGCCCUUGCAGACGUAGUGGACAGGAGCUACUAUCUCGCUGCGCCUCCCGCAACCCUGCCACCUGCUUGACACUCAUCUCUGAGGUAGCUGUGAAGGAGAGCCAAUCAGCUGAAAGCCCCGUCCCCGACAGCUGCCUCUGAAGAUCUGCGGCACAUCAUCACAGACUAAUCAGAAGGAGCACUCAUACAUUAAGGGUGUUCCACAGCACUGGAGUGGUAUUCCAGCCAAUAUUCAAUGUUCUUAUAUGAGAAGGAAGGCUUUUUUGUUGGUAGGCUUUUCUUUCAUGAGGACUAAAGAGAAUACUCAGGCUCUCAGUUUUGUUUUGAUGUUUCUGUGGACAUUAGUGAUCCAGCCUCAAGAUUCCCCCAUGCAUCCCUUUGACCUUGAAUGAAAACUCCUGAUACUAAACACAAAUGUACUGAGCAGCUUUUACUGGAGGCAUAGAAGAAUCUUUUUGGGAGUAACCUGUCCUUGAUCCCACUAUGGACAAGGGGAGUACCACCAAACCACAACUAGAUGUUGACAGCUCUUUAUCAAUUUCUUCUUUCUCCAGCUAUUAGGAAGUAGGCAGGAAAAUAUCAGGUUUUUUGGCUGAGUUACCUCUUUCCCAUCACCUCUGACUCUGCUGUUUCUUCAUUUAUAGUAUAAGCGGUUAACACUGUUGCUUUAGCUCUCACUCAUACUGGAAAACAAAUGAUGCAGACCGUUUUAUAAACCCUAUCAGCCUCACAAUCCUCUAAGGAUCACUGCUCAUCUGAUAUUGGUCACUGCUCUGAAACUUGCCCUCAGAGCCUCUCACUCUCAAGCCCAGACACUCUCAAGAGGGCUCGAGCAAUCGGAGUUCAAUCAAAUGACAGUCUUUGCCUCUGGUAAUGGACUGCAUGCUCUGCUUUAAGACACAUACGAGGUAGCUCGCACUGGAAUACUGCUACAUUUCUGAAGAUAGGCAUAGUUCCAUAAAAUGUUCAAGAGACUGAGCCUGACCUUUUAUAAGUGGCAAGAGCUAAAGUAAUGAUAAUUUCACAGGAGCAAGUGCCAGUUGUUUUGCUAUUAUGUGGUUUUGCCAUUUCCCUUGGAGAGCUGUAAGAAUUGAGGUCUCAUUUUGACAGCUCUCUGGAGGUGUGAGAGAGGCUUAAUUAGAUGUUCUACAAUGCAUUCACACCACACUGCAUUACUCAUCAAGUCAACUAUUUCUCAGAUGAAUUAACAAGAGUAUAUGACCCAAAAGAUUUAUGGAAAUUAAUGGUAGAAUGUCAGUGUUUGUGUGACAGAAACAAAGCCAUACUAUUAAUGGUUUUCUUUUUCUUUAUCCUAAGAUGGGUGCACACUGUGCAAUUUUUCACUUCUUUACAAUAGUUGUUUGCCAGAUUGUAUGAUGUGAGCCCAGUGAGAUGAAAAUCCAAAGUAGACUAUGCAACCUCAAAUAUCUUCACUCCUCGUCCUUGUCAGUUCUUGUGUGAAAUUGAAGUUAAACCAAACAAUCCCAAGCAUCUCCUUGCAUUAACAUGCAAUUGUUUUGCCAAGGGGGAAAAAAAAAGAUAAUAAUAAUAAUUCUGGAGUUGUGGAUGGAAAAAGAGAUCAUGGACUACUCAUUACAGUUUCUGUAGUAUUAUCAUAUGGGAAUGUAAUGUUAAAUAAGUAACAUUACAUUUAUUUUGCAUUUAUUAUAGUAAACUUUUUUAACUGACAGAUUUUAAUCUGACUCAUACACAUCUGUCAUCAAUGGCUGUUCCCUAAUUAAUUCUUCAUUAGACAAUAACAUUGUAGGGUGCAAAAUUUCUAAUACUAUCAGAACUUCACUGGAAGCUAAGAUUCAUCUCAAAUUGAAUCAACUGAAACAUUAUACUAAGGUGCUUGUGACCAACAAUAAAAAUAUAUCUAUGACCCCCAAAAUCAUGGUAAAAUCACAGUGUGCACUCAACUUUAGACAUGAAUUACAACAGCAACAGUUUACGCCACACACACAAAAUAUAAAUGCAUACAGUCUUGCAGUUUUCCAGUGAUUCUAUGCUACAACAAUGUGGUUAUGACCUGUGUGAAUACAAUCAAAUAGAUAGCAUCUGCUGUCACUACGGGCGACCUUUUGCAACUGUAUUACCUUGUAAAUGUUUGAGUAAAAUGCUACACUUUCACCAGUGUUUGAAAGAGUCUUGUCAUUUAUUGGAAAGCGUAUCUAACAUGAUCAUA